AUGAAGCUCGCCCUCAUCCCUCACCUGCUCUUGCCCAUCAUGUUCCUGACAGGUCUGUGCUCCCCCUUCAAUCUGGAUGUGCAUCGCCCACGCCUAUUCCCAGGGCCACCCGAGGCUGAAUUUGGAUAUAGUGUCUUACAACAUGUCGGGGGUGGACGUCGAUGGAUGCUGGUGGGUGCCCCCUGGGAUGGGCCUUCAGGUGACAGAAGAGGGGACGUUUAUCGCUGCCCUGUAGGGGGUUCCCACAGUGCUCCGUGUGCCAAAGGCCACUUGGGUGACUAUCCACUGGGAAAUUCAUCUCAUCCUGCUGUGAACAUGCACCUGGGAAUGUCUCUACUAGAGGCAGAUAAUGAUGGGGGAUUCAUGGCUUGUGCCCCUCUCUGGUCUCGUGCUUGUGGCUCAUCUGUCUUCAGUUCUGGGAUAUGUGCCCAUGUAGAUGCUUCAUUCCGGCCUCAGGGAAGCCUGGCACCCACUGCACAACGCUGUCCCACCUACAUGGAUGUUGUCAUCGUCUUGGAUGGCUCCAAUAGCAUCUACCCCUGGUCUGAAGUUCAGACUUUCCUACGAAGACUGGUAGGGAGACUGUUCAUUGACCCAGAGCAGAUACAGGUGGGACUGGUACAGUAUGGGGAGAGCCCUGUGCAUGAGUGGUCCCUGGGAGAUUUCCGAACAAAGGAAGAAGUGGUGAGGGCAGCGAGGAACCUGAGUCGGCGAGAGGGACGAGAAACAAAGACUGCCCAAGCAAUCCUGGUGGCCUGCACAGAAGGAUUCAGUCCGUCCCAUGGGGGCCGACCAGAGGCUGCCAGGCUGCUGGUGGUUGUCACUGACGGAGAAUCGCACGAUGGGGAGGAGCUUCCUGCAGCACUCAAGGCCUGUGAGGCUGGAAGAGUGACCCGCUAUGGGAUCGCGGUCCUUGGCCACUACCUCCGGAGGCAGCGAGACCCCACCUCUUUCCUGCGGGAAAUCAGAACGAUUGCCAGUGAUCCAGAUGAGAGAUUCUUCUUCAAUGUCACAGAUGAAGCUGCGCUGACUGACAUUGUGGAUGCCCUAGGAGACCGGAUCUUUGGCCUUGAGGGGUCCCAUGGAGAAAAUGAAAGCUCUUUUGGGCUGGAAAUGUCUCAGAUUGGUUUCUCUACUCAUCGACUAAAGGAUGGGAUUCUCUUUGGAAUGGUGGGGGCCUAUGACUGGGGGGGCUCCGUGUUAUGGCUUGAAGAAGGUCACCGCCUUUCCCCCCCACGGACAGCCUUGGAAGACGAGUUCCCCCCUGCUUUGCAGAACCACGCAGCCUACUUGGGUUACUCUGUUUCCUCCAUGCUUUUGCGGGGUGGACGCCGCCUCUUUCUCUCAGGGGCUCCUCGGUUUAGACAUAGAGGAAAGGUCAUCGCCUUCCAGCUUAAGAAAGAUGGGGCUGUGAGGGUUGCCCAGAGCCUCCAGGGGGAGCAGAUUGGCUCCUACUUUGGCAGUGAGCUCUGCCCAUUGGAUACGGAUGGGGACGGAAUAACGGAUGUCUUACUUGUGGCCGCCCCCAUGUUCCUGGGGCCCCAGAACAAGGAGACAGGGCGGGUUUAUGUGUAUCUGCUGGGUCAGCAGUCCUUGCUGACACUCCAGGGAACACUUCAGCCGGACCCCCCCCAGGAUGCUCGGUUUGGCUUUGCCAUGGGUGCCCUUCCUGAUCUGAACCAAGAUGGUUUUGCUGAUGUGGCCGUGGGGGCACCCCUGGAGGAUGGGCACCACGGAGCGCUGUACCUGUAUCAUGGCACCCGGAGCGGGCUCAGGCCCCGGCCCGCCCAGAGGAUUGCUGCCAUCUCCAUGCCACAGGCCCUCAGCUACUUUGGCCGGAGUGUGGAUGGCCGGCUGGAUCUGGAUGGAGAUGACCUGGUAGAUGUGGCUGUGGGUGCCCAGGGGGCAGCCGUCCUGCUCAGCUCCCGGCCCAUUGUCCACCUGGCCCCCUCACUGGAGGUGACCCCGCCAGCCAUCAGUGUGGUUCAGAGGGACUGCAGCCGGCGAGGCCAGGAGGCAGCCUGCCUAUCUGCCGCCCUUUGCUUCCAAGUGACCUCGCGCACCCCUGGCCGCUGGGAUCGCCGAUUCUAUUUGCGGCUUACAGCAUCCCUGGAUGAGUGGACGGCAGGGGCACGUGCUGCGUUUGAUGGCUCUGGCCAGAGGCUGUCCCCUCGGAGGCUCCGGCUCAGCGCCGGGAAUGUCACUUGCGAGGCGCUACGCUUCCACGUGCUGGAUACCUCAGAUUACCUCCGGCCCCUGGCCUUGACUGUGACCUUUGCAUUGGACAACACCACGAAGCCAGGGCCUGUGCUGGAUGAGGGCUCACCUACCUCCAUACAAAAGCUGGUCCCCUUCUCGAAGGAUUGUGGCCCUGACAAUGAAUGUGUCACAGACCUGGUGCUUCGAGCUAAUAUGGACAUCAAAGGCUCCAGGAAGGACCCGUUCGUGGUUCGAGGAGGUCGGCAGAAAGUGUUGGUGUCAGCAACUCUGGAGAACAGGAAGGAAAAUGCCUACAACACUAGCCUGAGUCUCAGCUUCUCUAGAAACCUCCACCUGGCCAGUUUCACGGCUCAGAGGGACAGCCCAGUGAAGGUGGAGUGCACCGCCCCUUCCCCUCAUGCCCGGCUCUGCAGUGUGGGGCACCCUGUCUUUCGGACCGGAGCCCAGGUGACCUUCCUGCUGGAGUUUGAGUUUAGCUGCUCUUCCCUCCUGAGCCAGGUCCUUGUGAGGCUGACUGCCACCAGCAAUAGCCUGGAGAGAAAUGGGACCCUUCAAGAUAACACAGCCCAGACCUCAGCCUACAUUCAAUAUGAGCCCCACCUCCUGUUCUCCAGUGAGUCCACUCUGCACCGCUAUGAGGUCCACCCAUACGGGACCCUCCCAGUGGGUCCCGAAUUCAAAACCACUCUUAGGGUUCAGAACCUUGGCUGCUAUGUGGUCAAUGGCCUCAUCAUCUCGGCCCUCCUUCCAGCUGUAGCCCAUGGGGGCAAUUACUUCCUGUCAUUGUCUCAAGUUAUCACUGACAAUGCAAGCUGCGCAGUAGAGAACCUGACCGAGCCCCCAAGGCGCCCUGUGCACCCAGAGGAGUUUCAGCACACAAACAGACUGAACGGGAGUAACACUCGGUGUCAGGUUGUGAGGUGUCAUCUUGGGCGACUGGCAAAGGGCACCGAGGUCUCUGUCGGACUACUGAGGCUGCUUCACAAUGAAUUUUUCCGGAGGGCCAAAUUCAAGUCUCUGACAGUGGUCAGCACCUUUGAGCUGGGAGCUAAGGAGGGCAGUGUCCUACAGCUGACAGAAGCCUCUCGUUGGAGUGAGAGCCUGCUGGAGGUGAUUCAGACCCGCCCGGUCCUCAUCUCCCUGUGGAUCUUCACCGGCAGCGUCCUGGGAGGGCUGCUCCUACUCGCUCUCCUUGUCUUCUGUCUUUGGAAGCUUGGCUUCUUCGCCCGAAAGAAAAUCCCCGAGGAAGAAAAAAGAGAAGAGAAAUAGGAGCAAUGA